UUCACAGCGUCUCUGACAGCCCGGGCGGUGGGACCCGCGACCCUUACUGGUCUCGUGCCGUCACCGCGGCCUGCACCGCGGCCCGAGGAGCGGCCGCGUCCCGUCCUUCGUCUCGGCGCCCACAUCCGGGGGCAGUCUAGCCGGCCGUCGCCGCGAAGGCCGCAUCUGGCGCGCAUCUGGAACCGCCCGGCCGGCCGCGCUGGAGCCCGCGCCUGCCCUGGCCCGGCCGCGCCGGGAGCCCUGCCCGGAGCUGGAGCCUCACCUGGAGCCGCGGGUCCGGGGCCCUGAGCCACGCAGCCGGCGCAUGGUGAACUCGCUGCUCUUCGGGGAGAUGGCCUUGGCCUUCGGCUGCCCGCCGGGCGGCGGCGGCGGCUGCCCCGGCGGCGGCGGCGGUGGCGGUGGGGCCGGACCAGGGCCGUCGCCGGUGACGGCAGCGCUGCGAGACGACCUGGGCUCCAACAUCCACCUCCUCAAGGGGCUCAACGUGCGCUUCCGCUGCUUCCUGGCCAAGGUGCACGAGCUGGAGCGGCGCAACCGGCUGCUGGAGAAGCAGCUGGAGCAGCAGCAGAGCGAGCGGGAUCGGCGGCUGCGCUACAAGACCUUCUCCCGCGAGCAGGCGGUGCAGACGGGGCCUGAGCUGCUGCGGCCACCAGUGCCUGGCGGCGGACACGGCAGCGGCCCGGCGCCCGGCGCCAACGCCAAUGCCGUGGCCCUGGGCUGCCUGCCCCCCGGCGGCGGCUCGCACCCGCAGCACUACGGCCGCCUGCCCGGGACCAUUUGGAGCUACACGCAGGUGCGGCGCACGGGCGGCGGCGGCGUGGAGACGGUGCAGGGCCCCGGCGUGUCCUGGGUGCACCCCGACGGCGUGGGCGUGCAGAUUGACACCAUCACGCCAGAGAUCCGCGCGCUCUACAAUGUGCUGGCCAAGGUGAAGCGCGAGCGCGACGAGUACAAGCGGAGAUGGGAGGAGGAGCUGGCCAAACGCAUGAACCUUCAGACCAUGGUGGACACCCUGCAGGAGGCGGCGCAGGAGGCCGAGGCCAUCCAGGAGGAGAUGAACGAGAAGAUCGAGAGGCUCAAGGCCGAGCUGGUGGUGUUCAAGGGGCUCAUGAGUGACCCCAUGACAGACCUGGACACAAAGAUCCAAGAAAAGGCCAUGAAGGUGGACAUGGACAUCUGCCGCCGAAUCGAUAUCACGGCCAAGCUGUGCGAUGUCGCGCAGCAGCGGAACUCGGAAGACGUGUCCAAGAUCUUCCAGGUGGUCCCCAAGAAGAAAGAGCGUAAGGUGACUUCGGACGAUGACAUCUCUGAACAGGAUGGAGAGGUGAACCGGUUCUCGGACGACGAGGUUGGCUCCAUGAACAUCACGGACGAGAUGAAGCGCAUGUUUAACCAACUGCGGGAGACCUUUGACUUCGAUGACGACUGUGACAGCCUGACGUGGGAGGAGAACGAGGACACGCUGCUGCUCUGGGAAGAUUUCACCAACUGCAACCCCAGCAUCGACCUCCAGGGCGAGCAAGAGGAGAAUUUGGGCAACUUGAUCCACGAGACCGAAUCCUUCUUCAAGACGAGAGACAAGGAGUACCAGGAGACCAUAGGCCAGAUUGAGCUGGAGCUGGCCACAGCCAAGAGUGACAUGAACCGGCACCUGCACGAGUACAUGGAGAUGUGCAGCAUGAAGCGGGGCCUGGACGUGCAGAUGGAGACCUGCCGCCGGCUCAUCAAAGGCUCUGCAGACAGGAAUUCGCCGUCCCCCAGCUCUGUGGCCAGCAGCGACUCAGGAAGUACAGACGAAAUCCAAGAUGAGCUGGAGCAGGAGGGGGACGUGGAGCCGAUGGUCAGCUGAUGACGGAGCCCCAGGCACCUGGUGGUCUUGGUGAUGGGCCUGCGCCCCUCCUCUCCAGGGGGCCAGGAAGGUUCCUCCCAGGGGCUCCAGUCCUCCCCACACAGACUUCCUCUGCCUGCCCUUCUCUGGAGGCCCCAAGGGACCGCUGCUUCCUUCCACCGCCCCCACGACCAGUGCCCCUCUCCAUCCACCCCCCACCCAAGGAAUGGUGCUGUCAAUUUCUAUUGUUCUCCACGUUACAAAUGCAGACUUCUGUCGGAGGAUGCAGUGUGAACUGUGCCUUCUCCCUUAAGCUGAGCCACUUUGAGCUCCAAAGAUUUAUUCCUGGCAGGUGUUUUUAUACAAAACUCUAAGGUGAGGGCGGGGCCCGGCCUGCAUCGCGCGGUUUCUACCCUCCCACCUGCUGCUCUGAUUGGCCAUGAGCUUUGGCUCCCUUUCCCCGUUGCUGACACCCGGGAGGGCUCUCCCUUCCCUGGGAAGGAGCUCUUGCCUCUGGGCCUGGCGGGGACCUCCUGGGCCCUCACUUACUGAAAGAGAAAGGUGGAAGGAAGGGAGGGAAGACCAAUUUUUACUUUCUGUCUUGGAUCUAGUGGCAAAGUAGAGGGACAAGGCACUGUGGGGGGCGGGGGGUGGAGCCUCACUGUGUUUAAACUACUAUGCAAAAAAAACAAAACAAAAAGCAGCUUGCCUUAUAUCUUCCUGGAUGGCAGGCCCUCUCCCGGCUCCUGGCUCUCCCCCGGAGCUGGGAGGGAGGCUGAGGUUGGAGCCAUCUCCCUCGAAGCCUCCGAGGGUGCGCCUCCGUAGGUCCAGGUUGGGAGCGAGGCCUGCGUUCCUGCCAGGCCCGCCCCACCUGACCACUUGCUUUCUUGGGGACCUCUGUGGAGUUGGGAUGGGCUUGGGGCGCUUUUAUUGUCCUGAUGACUUGAUGUUCUCCUCUCCCUCUCCAGCCAAUAAUAAGGAUUUAUAGAGCUGUAAUUUCUCUGUGAGAAAGUCUGAAGGGGCCAUGCCUGGUACCUCUUCCGUCCAUGGUAGGGCUCCCAUUGGUGCCCGCCUGCCGCCAUCUUGGUUCUCCACUGUCCUGUGGUCACCUGGUAUUAGGCCACUGGCAGGAAAGAGGCAUUGGAAAGGGAAGCGGAGGGAGGUGGCAGGGGCUGCUGGUGGGUUAGUGUCUGGAGGUGGCUUGAGGAGAACCCCAGUGGGGGCCGUCCUUGUUCUGCGCAUGGACACGUGAGCCUUUUUCCGUCAUUCACUUUACCCACCAGCUGGGGAGUUCAUCUGAGCCAGUAUCUCCCCACGGUUUGAGGGGGCCUGAGUUGGAGGGCCCUUUGUUGAGACCACCCACCAAAUCUCAGCUGGGAAUCAGUCUAGCAGGCUUCCUCCCCACAGCUGUGUGUCCACUCCAGUGGGUGGGUGCCCAUUUUUGUUUUUUGUUGGCCCAGGAGCUCCCUCUGGAGGUCAAAGAAACGAAAACGUGCCCCCUCGUGGGCUGAGGAGCACUCUGGCUGGAGAGGGUUGGUGGUUCCCUGACUCCCCUCUGCAGGGUGCCACUGGCCGUUCAGGGCCUUCUCUCGUCCAUUGUCCCCACGUUUUGCUGUCUUAAAACCCUUGUACAUUGCAUUCAUCAAUAUGUGGAGAGAGAGAGAGAGAGAGAGUCAUUGCCUGUGAUAUAAUUUAUCAGAAUCUGGUGGUGUUUCUCCUGAGCUUUUCCCUUUGUUUUAUUUGGGGGGCGCAUCCUGCUAGCCCCCGGGGCAGUCUGGCGGCACGGCUUCUGACCUCCUCAUCUCUCGAUGGCCAGACAGCUCCUUUGGCAGGUACUUGGAGGGAUCAAGGUUUUGGAAGAGAGACAGCCCCUUCCCCCCUCCUCACUGGCCCUUGUUGUAAAGGUUACAGGGUUCACACAUAUCUGAUUAUUAUUAUUAUUGUUGUUGUUUUAUUUUGAUUUUAACCAAAGGUUAUCGGAGCGGGUUGGGCUUAGACCUUAGCUGCUGAAGAGAUUUCCCAUUUCCAUGGGGGCAGGAAGAUGGCCGCCCCCGUGGGUGUCCCCAGCCUGGGGCUGAGGGAGGCGUCCAGGGCUGUGGGGCAGGCUGGGUGAGAGCCAGCCCUGGGCUGUUCCUCCAGGUGGUGGGAGGGUCACAGACCUAUCUGUAGUUAGGACAGUUGGGCAGCAGUGUAAGUGUUUGGGGGACAGAGGUCACGGUGGUGGUGGUGUCCUGUGGUAUUAGUUUGCUUCCCCCUUGUCCACAUAGGCCAUUUGUCUUCAGGGUGCUCCGAUUUGUCCAGGGAGUGUGAGAAUGGCUGGUGCCAGAGAGGGUCCCUGGCCUGAGCGUCCCUUCCUGCUGGCUCCCACCACCUGCUCUCCUCUGGGGAGCUGAGGCUUUGGGGCAGUGGGGAGGAGAGCAGACCAGGGUGUGGCCAGCUGCCUCCUGGGCAGGGCCCUGGGUCUGGCCUGGUCACUGUCCACUCCACUCAGUUCUUUAGGUUGGUUGCCAGUGGGCCCUGCUUGACCCCUCGCCACGAGCCCACAGCUUGCCAAGAAAGACCCCACCGCUCACUGGGGCAGCACGUGGCCCAGUUGGGGCCAGCUGGUCCGUCCUUUGUAGAGCUGUAAAUACUUCAUUUUUUUGGUUUUCUAUUUGGAAGCCCGGUGUCAUAUUGACACUGGUAUCUUAGACUCCUUCUCAGAUGGCCUCUCCUGGCUGCCCUCUCUCACUCUCACUCUCCUAGGUUUGGGGGUUUAUAAUACACAGGAUGGGGGAGCAGCAGAGAAGGUAGCAUUCUUUUGACUCCCUGGUUGAUUGUGAAACACACACACACACACACACACUCCUCUGAGAUUCUGAACGGUGAAAAAAAUGAUUGGCCAGCAAACACAUUUUGCUUUCUCAUGGCAAUAUGACUGGAGGCUCCAGAGGACCAGUCCGCCCUGGACUCCGCCCUGGAGCUCAGAUGACGGGGAGAGUCCAACUACUGUGGCUUGGGGUGGGAGGAAAGGGGGUGGGGCAGGGGGUAAUAUAAAGGUGUAACUUAAGCUAAAUGUAAUCUAUUUAUAAAGCAAGAGACUCAUCUAUUUUUAUGAAAGGAAAGGUUUUUUUAAAUCUACGGUAGGCAGUUGAGGUAGCCCAGCAUUUUUCUGUGGACAAGAUAUUGUGCAUGUCGCUGCUGGAUUUCAUGUAAUCAGUACCCCCGGCCCCUGACGUGCCUUCCUGACCUCAUCCACACCCAAGAGCGCAUUCAGCAGAGACGAGCCCACUCCACCCUGUUUCCUUCUCCCCUGAUCCCUCUACUCUUUGGAAGUCUUGGUGGGGGGAGGCACUUUCAGAGAUAGGUGGGCGGCAGGGAUUUCCAAAUUGAGGGGAGUGGUUGGAAAAGGGGGCAUUUGGUAGGGGACAAGCUCUGCUUCAGUCAGCUCUGAUUAGGUACCCCAGCUCCGAUCUGCCAGUCGGCUGUGUUGGGAGAGGGCUGGGAAGCAGCAGGCUGUGGGUGGUGAUGGGGCCGAGGGCUCGGGAGCACAAGACCUCCUUUGGACCUGGGUCUUCGUGGGUCCCAGAUGUCAGGCAGCCGGGGCAGGUCUGGAAAUUCCCUAAGACACCCAGAGAGCAGCCCUGGCUGUGCCUACUCGGGCCCAAGGCUGCAGUCCUUGUGCUCCUGCAGGGUUCUGGACGAAGGACCCAGUAUACUGCGGGUUUCCUUAGACCUGGUCCUCCUCCUGGGACAAUGAGCUUGGCUCUAGAUGGCCACUUUCCUAGAGUGGAACAUCUGAUCUGCCGGUGGGUAAGGGGAAAGUUGGAUUCUCUCUGGGAGGGAGUUUUCUUUCAUGGAAGACUUCCUGGCACAGGAUGGGUGCACUGCUCACCGUCUCCCUCCUUCCCAAGCUCUCAAAGACAUGAAGCAAAGCUCCCUACCAAGACCCCUUUGUGGACAUUUUAGCAUCUACCUGGUUUUUAGUCCCGUCCUAUCCCACUGUUGCUGUUCGUCUGCCAGCUGGGUCUGACAUCACUGGGGAGGGGGGUUUGUACUCACUGAAAGACUACUGAUCCUACCGGGAAACCAACCUGUUUACUGUACUAUUGUAAAUAUCAUGCCCUUUAUAUCCUGUAUAUUGGCUUCUUUUAAAUAAAGUGAAAUGUCUUAGA